AUGAGUGUGGGCUGCCCAGAGCCCGAGCCGCCCCACUCCCUGCCCUGCUGUGGGCCAGGGACUGCCCCUGGGCCGGGUGCUGGUGUGCCCCUUCUCACUGAAGACAUGCAGGCACUGACCCUCCGCACACUGGCCGCUAGCGACGUCACCAAGCACUACGAGCUGGUCCGAGAGCUGGGUAAAGGAACCUAUGGAAAGGUUGACCUGGUGGCCCACAAGGGCACAGGCACGAAAAUGGCCCUGAAGUUUGUGAACAAGAGCAAAACCAAGCUGAAGAACUUCCUGCGGGAGGUGAGCGUCACCAACAGCCUCUCCUCCAGCCCCUUCAUCAUCAAGGUCUUCGACGUGGUCUUUGAGACGGAGGACUGCUACGUCUUCGCCCAGGAGUACGCGCCCGCUGGGGACCUGUUUGACAUCAUCCCUCCCCAGGUGGGGCUCCCCGAAGACACGGUGAAGCGCUGCGUGCAGCAGCUGGGCCUGGCGCUGGACUUCAUGCACGGGCGGCAGCUGGUGCACCGCGACAUCAAGCCGGAGAACGUGCUGCUGUUCGACCGUGAGUGUCGCCGCGUGAAGCUGGCCGACUUCGGUAUGACGCGCCGCGUGGGCUGCCGCGUGAAGCGUGUCAGCGGCACGAUC